AUGAGCCCGCCGAAGGGCACUACUAAGAUCCCGUCCUCGUACAUCCGCGAGAGCCUCCUCAACGACGGGACGACGAAGUAUCACGUCCGCGCGUACGACGCGGUCGAGCGCAAGGCUGUCGCGAUCGGGACGUACGCGACGAUGACGGAGGCGGAGCGCGCGUUCGCGGCCGCGACGGAGCCGGGAGGACGGCUCGCGAGAGACGACGCGAUGCCGGGCUGGGGCGCUUCACCGAUCGCCGCGGCGAAGGAGGAGCCGAGCGUCCCCGCGGCGCCGAGGGCGGCGAUCGUCGCGCCCGCGGCGCCGCCCGAGCGAUGGAUCCCGGCGUUCGCUCCCGCGCCCGCGCCGGUUCAAGUCGCGCCGGCGAAGACCGAGGCGCCGUCAGCCUCCGCGCUCGCCGCCGCCGAGCUCGCCGCCCCGCCCGCGGUCGCGCCGCUGCGCUUCGUGAUGAAGCCGCCGCCGCCGGUGGAGCAGCCCCCCGCGGCGCCGGCGCCGACGCUCAAGUUCGUGAUCAAACCGCCGCGGUCGCCGCCGCCGGAGGAGGACGGCGAGAAGAAAGCGGCGGCGGCGACGACGGCGGCGGCGGCGGAGGGAGAAACCGAAAACGCCGCCGCCGCCGCGGACGCGAAACCGGACGCCGCGAUGGACGCCGCGCGCGAAAACCCGGAGAGGUACCAGGGCACGGCGACGACGAACGAGUGGAAGCGCCCGCCGCUGAGCGAGUGUUCCCCGGAAGACUUCAUGCUCGAUUUUUUCCGCUUCCACGAGUCGCGCGGCGACGACUGGGAGAUCGUCUGGGACAUCCUCGACAACGCGCUGCGACGCAGCGGGCGCCCGCACGACACGUUGGGCCUGUACAGACAGGUGUGCGCGCGAGGCGGGUUCAUCAGCCGCGAGAGCGCCAAGGCGCGCAUAAAAAUGCCAGAAGUCUUCGGCCACCUCUUCAACUACUGGAUCGGACACACGUACACGGACAUCGGAAACAACCUCCUGAACGUGUACGAAAGGUAUUUCCUCCCGUACGAGGUCGCGCACCCGGAGGACACCCCCGAGCAGACGACACCGUGCGUCGCGUGCGCGCGCGUCGUCCACGCCGGGGGCGACGCCGUCCCGAUGUACGCGCAGUCGACGUGGAUCGAGUGCGACGCGUGCGGCGAGCGCAGGCACGAGUGCUGCGCGUCGCGGGACGAUCACGUCAGGAGCGCGGAGCGCGACGGCGGGAGAGCGACGUCGUACGUGUGCGAGAAGUGCGCGCCCGAUCCGGGUCCGGGGACGAGCUCGACCGUCGGCGUGGAGCUCUCGAUCGCGGGCGAACGCGUCGUCGUGCGCGCGGUGGAGUCUCCCGGCGGCGGCGGCGGCGGCGGCGGCGGCGGCGACGUCGCGGCGGCGGCGAAACGGAAACGCGACGCCGCGGACAAGGCGGCGAGGGCGAAGAUGGACGAGCACUUCGAGCGGUACCUCGCGAUGCAGCGUCGGCGCGGGCGCGCGUACGACGCGAACCACGUGCGGCCGGUGCGAGCGGAGCUGCCCGGAUUGCCGAUAUCGAAAAAGUUCGACAAGGGACCCGGCGCGGGCGGAGGAUCGGGCGCGGGGGGCGGAGACGCGGGGGGCGCCGCGCCCGGUCGUUUGCCCGGGCUCGGGCUGCUUCACCACGCCCAGGGCGUCGGCGGGUAUUCGGGCGUGCUCAGCAUGUUGAAGCCCGCGCAGUGA